AUGGAGGCACUGCCGCAACACGAGCCACAACAAGAGCCACGUCAUGAGCCUGUCCAGCAAGGUCAUACCGAGGGAGACCAAGGCGGACCACAAGAAGAAGGGCCAGUGGUGCCUGUUGUGCAGCAAGAGGCAGACCCCCAGGGCCCAGUAGAAGAGCCACCACAAAAUGAUUUUGUGGAGCCACAAAAUGAUGUUUUGGAGGACCCCGAAAACAAAGAUGAAGAAGAUGGCGAGGAAGGUGAUGAAGAAGAUGGCGAGGAAGGUGACGAAGAUGAAGAAGAUGUUGGUAAUACCGCGGAUCAAGAUAAACCUGGUGAUGAUGAUGAUGAGAACCAAGGAGCAAAUGGUGGUACAACGGGUCCGGUUGCGGGUGAAGUUGAAGGUGCAGAUAAUGCAGAGGGUCCGGGUGCUGAUGGGACCGAGAAUACAAGGGUUGGGGGUGAAGGUUUGGACCAUGGUGCUGUUCAUGGUUCCAAUCCUGAAGAUUUUGAUGGUGCUGAACCAGGUGGUGAUGGUCAGGUGAGAACAAGAAUAAAGGCAGCGAGGCCUAAACCUAGUCCCAAACCCCGCACUGCGACAAAGAGAUCCCGUAAGCCUAGUGAGAAGGCAAUAGCAAUGAGAACAACUCGUCAACGACUAGGUAUUAGAAUGACGAAGGCAGACAGUUCUAUUUUGAAGUACGUAGAGGCUUACGACACCAAAAAGAAAGCAGGAGGGGCUAUGUUGAUUGAAUGUGAUGGGAACGACGCAAACCAGCAGAUGUGUUACUCGGUUGUUCACCCCAGGUCCUAUGUGAAUUCCCAGUAUGUUCGUACAAUUGCAUAUCUCUACAACCGGGAGUGGGCUAGUGAAUUUCCAAAGAGUUGUCGCAGACUUAUGCUUGACUCUAUGUUUGCACAUCAAAAGCUAAAGACGAAAGAAACAUAUGCUAGGUUGUUGAAGAAGUGGUCGCAACCACUUAGGAAGGUGGUCUCCUCGGAUAUUUCUGUGGUAUUACCAUCUUAUACUAUUCAUCCCUCAUUAUUAGAUAUUUUGUAUGUUCGCAAUAGUUGACUCAUGUUGACUUAACACAUGAUCUCUAACAAAACAUCA